CCAGUCGCGGGUUGUCAGAGCUGCUGGAGUGGUGCGAGGCUUCCUCGCUCUGGUUGGCCGCCCCGAACCAAGUCAGAAUGAGAACGCAGGGGACUCAGGGCCUUUGGAGCCGCAGGUAAAGAAGCUGGGGUGCGGUGGGUCCGUGCUAAAUGGAGAGGACCGAGGCGACGCCGCGCCGCGGCUCCUAGCGGCGGGGCCGCUGCCUGAGCUGCAGCUGCCGGACGAGGAUGUGUGGAGAUCGGGCGGCGCUGGCCAGGUGAGAGCCUUCGGGCCCCAGGACCAGUGGGGCGCGGGAUGAGUUAGUGAGGACAGCCGCGGGGGCCAGUUCCUACUGCCGCAGGCCGAGGUGACGGCCGCCGCCGCCCGCCCCUUCCGUGCAGAGGCCGCCAGCUCCUUUCCGCGCCCGCCCGCCCGCGCUCCCGGCCCUGGAGACCAUGAGGUUCCGCAUCUACAAGCGAAAGGUGCUGAUCCUGACGCUCGUGGUGGCUGCCUGCGGCUUCGUCCUCUGGAGCAGCAAUGGGCGACAGAGGAAGAACGAGGCCUUGGCUCCGCCGCUGCUGGACGCCGAGCCCGCGCGGGGUGCGGGCGGCCGGGGCGGGGACCACCCUGCCGUGUCAGUGGGCAUCCGCAGGGGCUCCAACGAGUCGGCAGCACCGCUGGUCCCUGCUGCCCCGCAGCCCGAGGCGGACAACCUGACGCUGCGGUACCGGUCGCUUGUGUACCAGCUGAACUUUGAUCAGACGCUGAGGAAUGUAGAGAAAGGCGGCACCUGGGCCCCCCGGGAGCUAGUGCUGGUGGUCCAGGUGCACAACCGGCCCGAAUACCUCCGACUGCUGCUGGACUCACUUCGAAAAGCCCAGGGCAUCGACGACGUCCUCGUCAUCUUUAGCCACGACUUCUGGUCUACAGAGAUCAACCAGCUGAUCGCUGGGGUGGAUUUCUGUCCGGUUCUGCAGGUGUUCUUUCCUUUCAGCAUUCAGUUGUACCCCAGCGAGUUUCCAGGCAGUGACCCUAGAGAUUGCCCCAGAGACCUGCAGAAGAACGCAGCUUUGAAAUUGGGGUGCAUUAAUGCUGAGUAUCCCGACUCCUUCGGCCAUUAUAGAGAGGCCAAAUUCUCCCAAACCAAACAUCAUUGGUGGUGGAAGCUGCAUUUUGUAUGGGAACGGGUCAAAGUUCUUCAGGAUUAUUCUGGCCUUAUACUUUUCUUAGAAGAAGACCACUACUUAGCCCCAGACUUUUACCAUGUGUUCAAAAAGAUGUGGAAAUUGAAGCAGCAAGAGUGUCCGGAGUGUGAUGUUCUUUCACUGGGGACCUAUACUGCCCCUCGUAGCUUCUAUGGCAUUGCUGACAAGGUAGAUGUAAAAACUUGGAAAUCCACAGAGCACAAUAUGGGGUUAGCCUUGACCCGGGAUGCAUAUCAAAAGCUGAUUGAGUGCACAGACACUUUCUGUACUUACGAUGACUAUAACUGGGACUGGACUCUUCAAUAUUUGACUGUAUCCUGUCUUCCAAAAUACUGGAAAGUGCUGGUUCCUCAAGCACCUAGGAUUUUUCAUGCUGGAGACUGUGGUAUGCAUCACAAGAAAACAUGUAGGCCGUCCACCCAGAGUGCCCAGAUUGAGUCACUCUUAACUAGUAACAAGCAGUACGUGUUUCCAGAAACUCUAAUUAUUGGUGAGAAGUUUACUAUGGUAGCUGUUUCCCCACCUAGGAAAAAUGGAGGGUGGGGCGAUAUUAGGGACCAUGAACUCUGUAAAAGUUAUAGAAGACUGCAGUGAAAAAAAAAAUCAAUUACAUAAGCAAAAGUGACAGUCUUCUAUUUUUGAUAUUUGUCUGAACAGGAUAUACAAUUGAAUAAUAAAGGGGUUUCUGCUUUAAUACAAAAAAUUUUUUCUUGUAAAA